AUGCUCAAACCCCGCAAGAGUCUAGCCCGCCUCAACUUACUCUUCUCUCAUCACAAGAGGACCACCAGUCUCUCCCCCAUCGAUGAUCCCAGCGAUACCAGCAGCGAUGACUCUUCAGCUGAAGACGGCGGAAAGAGUGACGAUGACCUAGAGAAAGACUCGGAAACCCCCAAAGUCCCAGAUUCACCCCCAUCGUACUACGAUGAAUUCACGCUUUCUGCAAACUUGGAGGCUCUUUCCGUAUCUUCCUCGGACACAUCCUUACUCGACGAAGACCCCUUCGCGCCUACUCCCCCAUCCUCCCCUUCUUCAUCCCGUUACCCCACGUUAUCAGCGGUCGCAAAAGCAAUACCCUCCCUCGAUUACCAUCCUCCUUCACGAAGGAGGAGCAUACCCCCACGUGCAGGCGACACGCUCUCAAGCUCGCACGCACCGCGUAAUUGGAACGGUCCUUCCCCUUCUGCAACCGUCAAAUGUCCCAGUCCAUUAUCGCCCGUUAAAAAAUCGACAGAACAACGGAGAACACCCCGACCACGGUAUAUAUCCACACCUCAACAGCCCUCGCUCGAUACGUUAGCUACGUUCGCGUUGAGAAUCCAUCCUCACCAUGCACAUGUCCAUGCCACUCAGAGACGGAGGGGGAAAGUAGGCGCUAAUCUUCCGUUAGAACCGUGGAAUGACGAUGAAUUGGCUGUUUUUGAUGUUCCUUCGUUGGGGUAUUCUGAGGGGUAUUAUUACCAUGACGAUAUUCGUACUCAUGGUCCUCCCAAGUUGUCGUUACCUUCGGCUAUUUUGGAGAAGGAGGUUCAGGCUGUGGGCUUGAGACAUACAAAAUCUCAGAUGAACAUACGGAAGUCGUAUCCUGAAAAGUUGCAUACGCGGUACAAGUCAGUUUGGAACAUGGAAUGAUGCGGGUGUUUAGAAGAAAAUGAAAAUUCUAGAAUGUUGUAAUUUGUAUAUGUUUUUCUCUACCUUUCUCUCUCUCUCUCCAGGAAAUGGGAUAUAUGUGUAAUACCAUCUUAUCAAUCGCUGUCGAAUUAUACCCAGCCCCCCUCCCCUCCUUCACCCAUCUCGAGUCUUUACUCCUCCCCGUCAACUACAACCUACAACUAUCCCCGUUUUCUGGUCUACCAGCUACCCUUGUCCUUCCUCGAAUCCGGGUAACUUCGAAAAUCAGCUUGGUAGAAAUCACUCCUUUACUCUAUUCGGGACAUAAUCGGAAUAUCAUCCACUUUCUUUUCGACGACAUUUGAAACAUAUACAGGCUUGUCACUACGCAUAACGUUCCCUUGCUUCACUACCCAAAUCGACACCCGCCAAAAUACCGUUCUCGCAUCACUAUCGUUAUCCUAUUACCCCAGCCUCUACCCCGCGCAUUCAGGAACUUGACUUUGUCUCCUUUACGACGGGACGGGACGGGAAGUCAUGAUCGUGGUUUAGGAAACCUUUUCCUUUUUUUUUUUUUUUUUUUUACAACGGGACGCCAUAUCAUCAGUUAUCAUCAUCAUCCGUCGACGGGUUCACAAGCUUUUUAUGCAUUAUGUCCUAACUGUCUGUGGUUAUGUGGAAGACAGGCACCCGCAGGGAUAUUUGGGAGCGGGUUUUCAAUUUGGGAUGAUGUGAUGUGAUGUGAUGUGAUGGUUGUCGGUGUCGUUGUUAAUGACGACGUUCGUUAACCUCACUCCGUUAUUUCCGCUCGUUUUUGUCAUACCCCCCUCUUUUUUUUUGGAUAUUUUCUUAUUUCCUAUUCGUUGUCGGCUUUGGACCGCAGGAUACUUGGGAGCGGUUUUGGGUUUUGGGAUGUGAUGGGUGUCGUUCAUUUCGCUGUUUUCUCCGUUAACGACGACGCACGGUUUUCCACCCCUUCGUACCACUACAUCUCUAUCUAUCUAUCUAUAUCCCUAUUCCUUGGUUAUACUCUCUAUGUAACAAAAAAUCUAAAAUACCCAGGCUUAUACUGGUGUACAUGUCGUGUUGUGUGUGUAGUUACAGUUACCUUUUAUAGAAUUCUUUUUACACUU